GAUGGUAUUGUUAUAGUGUAAAUAGAAUGCAAUGUGAUGGUUUGGAUGUUAUAUGUUUGUGGCUGAUUUUAUUUAUGGUGUAAUCAAUAGCAUACUUGUUUACAUAUCUCUUAGACUACAAUGUUUGUGAUUUUGUUAGAUGAAGAAAAAAACCAAAGCCGCAAUUCUUGCAUCAGUUGCAUCUGUCCUCCUUGUGGGGGUUGCAUUGUUAAAGAAAUUACGACGUAGACGUAGAGAUCUGCCUAGGGCGCCUUAUGUUAACCAUGCCGCCGAGAGAGAGGAAUACAUAAAUAGUGUUUUGCAUGGAAGUGAGAGACAUUGUGUGAAUCAACUUAGGAUGAAGCCUAUAGCUUUCCACCACUUAUGUCACAUCCUCACUGAGGGGGAGCACGUACGUCCGACUGUUCACAUGUCUGUUACGGAGCAAGUGUUCAUUUUCUUGCACAUUAUUGGUCAUAAUGUGAGGUUUCGUGUAAUGGGUGGUCGGAUCUAUAGAUCAACUGAGACUGUUCAUAGAUACUUCAAAGUUGUCCUUAGGGGGGUCCUGAAAUUAUAUAGAGCUCUAAUAAGACUGCGUAGCGAAGAUACACCUCCAGAGAUAAGGAAUAGCAGAAGGUUUUACCCAUAUUUUAAGGAUUGUGUUGGAGCAAUAGAUGGUACACAUGUUCGUGCAUCUGUGCCACCUGAAAUACAAGGAAGAUUUCGUGGUCGCAAAGAUGGAACCACGCAAAAUGUGUUAGUUGCCAUUAGUUUCGACUUAAAGUUCACUUAUGUGUUGGCUGGAUGGGAAGGCAGUGCACAUGAUUCACGUGUAUUAAAUGAUGCAUUUGCUAGGCCAGGGGGAUUUUCAAUUCCCAAUGGUAAAUUUUAUCUUGGUGAUGCUGGGUAUGGUAAUAAAAAUGGAAUAUUGUCACCGUAUCGGAGUGUACGAUAUCACUUGAAAGAGUUUAGUGAUCGUCCUCCUGAGAAUGCGCAAGAAUUGUUCAAUCUCCGACACUCUUCAUUGAGAACUACCAUUGAGCGAGGGUUUGGAGUGGUGAAAAAACGUUUUCAAGUGUUGGAUGCAGAACCAUAUUGGUCUUUCCCAACCCAAGUGAAAGUAGUGUUAGCGUGUUGUGUGGUUCAUAAUCACAUUAUGGGGGUUGAACCAAAUGACCAUAUUAUGGAAGAUGCAAUGAACCAAGUAGAGCUUAGUGACCACCAAGAAGAAACACAAUCCCGUCGGGAGUCCGUCGAAGAUAGUAGAUCAUGGAAUGCUAAGAGAGAUGAGAUAUGUCAAGCCAUGUGGUCUGAUUAUAUCAGGAGUGGAGAGUAG